UAAGAAACAAAUAAUAAUAAUAAUAAUUAUUAUUAUUAAUCUCUGCAGCCUGUGUAUCUACGUUUGCAUGUACUGCAGGCACAUAUUCACCAGUCCCUACCCAGAUAUGUCUCCUCCUUCCUCUUCUUUCCUCUACCUGUUUUGAAUCCCCCCCCCCUCCCCGGGGCGUGCCUCUGUUUGAAGUUGGAUCAGGUAAGCCAGGUAAGCACCUAGACUUGAGAUCUGACAGGGAAGGGAACAUCAAACCUGCAGCAGGAGAGAUGCGAUCUGCAGAGCUGUGAGGAGCCUGGACUGGGACUGUCAGCCACACAGGAUAGCAAAGGGCUCGCUCACUCACUCACUCACUCUCCUCACAUGCACUGCACUCAACACUGUGACCAAUAAGGAGUGAAUGCAUCUACAGCUGACUGCACCCUGAGCACAACUGAACAGAAUCAACACACCAUAGCUGACAAACUGAAGAGCCAGCGUAAGGAGACUUUGUUUGAUGUCAAGGAGGUGCUGAAAUCCUGCUGAACUGCUCGCAGCUGUUUGUAGUUCUAAUUAAAUAUGAUCACGUUGGUGUGACGGCAGGUAUUACUAUAGAUAUAUCAGAGGAGGUCCCUGCGUUAAAAAAAAAAAAAGCGAAGUGCUGCAUCAAUCCACUGAAUCUCUUUGCUUGCCAGUCAGGAUGAACAGUGGCUUCCCGCGCACACUGCUGGAGUGCAGACACAGCGUGGUCCCUGCGAACUGUGUGCAGUACGGGAUAGCACCCUCUGGUGGUCACGUCCAAUCACACCACCACCCGCACCCACACCGCCCUGCCGGGGGGCAGGGGGACCCCCUGGCGCACGUGCCCUUCUUGCUGUACCCCGCUAACGUCGACCCUGGCUACUACGACGCGUCCUACCCGGGCGCCCUGUUUCCCUACGUCCCGUUCCACGGGCACUUCGGCGUGUACGAAUGCCCCUUUGAGCCCGCUUUCAUCCAGAAGCGCAACGAGCGCGAGCGCCAGCGAGUCAAGUGCGUGAACGAGGGCUACGCCCGUCUGAGGGGCCACCUGCCCGGUGCCGAGUCUGAGAAAAGGCUCAGCAAAGUGGAGACUCUACGGGCAGCUAUCCAAUACAUCAAGUACCUGCAGGAGCUGGUGAGCAGAACACCCACCAGGGGCUUGGGACGGGAGCCCGAGGCAGAGGAGCAAAACAGCAAGGCUUCCAGAAACACCAGGGCCAAUUCAACAGAGCCCCUCCCAAACAGCGACGGGGAAUCGCAGAAUCUGUCAUCCGCCUCUUCAUCCCCCUUCUGCGAGUCGGAGGAGUCUGUGAACUAGGAGGCUCCUGGGCUCCGCGGUGUACGAUGUUUUAUACAGGCAGACCACACAUCCGAACUCUGCGCUGCAGCCAGUCGUAGGAGACAGGAACGCGAAGCUACGCUUGCUUUAGCACUGCUGGAGUCUGUUCCAGCACAGCAGAACAGGCUAGAUCAUCUCACUGUGAGCCAGCCAACACUGUAGUGAACCCGGGUUCAAAUGAAACCAGGGAAGCAUGUUUGAAAUGAAUUAAGGGGUGAGGGUCUGGGUCUCCAGGGAUCAUUUCAGCAUCGACUAGAGGAAGUUCUGGGAUGAAACGGCCGCUAGGAAUCAGAGGAGGCUAGAGGCAUGAACUAGGGCCUGUCGUUCAGAUCUUUUAGAAUGUUCCUCCUGGGGCAACAUGGUGGAGGGAUUUCCAAAAAAAGAACCGGCAACAAUAACCCCCCCCUGCUGAAAAUCCAGCUCUCGUAAGAAAGCUAAUCGCUGGUAAACUCCUUCAAAUAAACCGUGAGGCUUUUCUACAAGAAUUGUAACUUCAACCUGCUUUCCACUGGUCUGUCGGUUGGCUUUGCAUCCUAGCUAAGGUAUGUGUGUGUGUUAGUGACACAGAGUCCACUGGAAUGCUGGUUGCACCCAAACAUGGGUUCUGCAUCUUGGAAGAGCUGCUUCCUACCAGCUUUAUUCAGGACUAAGCCUUUCCCUGUAGACUUUCAAACCAUAUACUUCUCAUUGCUAAAUCCGUGUGUGUGAGAGAGAGAGAGAGUUUUAUCAUGUCUGUCACAACGGUUUGUGGUUAUUAUUAUUUUUUUUUUUAUAUUUGAAAACACUGUGUAUCUUGCUGCUGGUGCAAAAUAUUUAAUUUAAUUUGUAUCUUUUUUAAUUAUUGAAUUUGCAUGCUUCUUUUGCACUUUACCCAAAGUUUGGUAUUUCUUUUUGUGUGUGUAGAACUGUCCUAGAAAGUAGAAAGCAAGGGCGUUCCUUCUGCUGCAAAGCAAUUUCUAAUAAAACGUGUUUUAAAAACAA